AUGUGCGAACUUGCACUCGGUGUCAGGUCGCGAGCACUUAUUCCGUUGGAACUCUCUGCAUACUUCGAGUUGCAGCCAACGCGAGUCUUUACCGUUCAGAAGGCUGUUCAUGUUCACCAUGGUUGCCAUUGUUGCCACUGUGGUCGAGGAUACGCGCUCGCACUAUUCAGCGAGGCGAGUGCGGCGCAUAUGCGGCGAGGAGAGAGCGCGCCUGCGCGCUCCGAGCAUGCACUUCUCACUUACUCGGGGAAAGAUGAUUCUGUUACCACUAUGGCGCUCGCGCACCCUUCACUAUACACUUCUGCACACGCGAAAGAAUAG